AUGGUAAUCACAGAUGCCCAAAAAGAUAAAGAAAAGAAAGGAGUGGGCCCUGGAGGGAUGAUAUAUACUCAACAGCAAGGGAUACCACAAGGGGGCGCCACGGGUCUGCAGCAACAGCCGAUGCAGGAUCCGAUCAAUGCCCUUCAGAACCUUGCAAUGCAAGGAACCACAGUACCUGGCCAGCAAACAGGAAUACUGACACCCCAGCAACAGGCCCAGAUGCAGCAGCAGCAGCAACAGCAACAACACCGACAACAGUUCAUGCAGCAACAAAUGUUACUACAACAGCAACAGCAGCAGCAACAACAACAACAACAGCAACAGCAACAGCAGCGCAACAUGGCCAGCUUGCAGCAGCCACAACGACCCCCAUUACAGAGACAGGACGCGUUCAUUGUGACGUCUGCUGACAAGGUCCAGAUCCAGCCUGUUGCCCAACAGCUGCCAGCCAGCUCCAACCCACAGCAGCAGCAACAACAGCAGCCCCAAUAUCAGCAUCAGAACAUGGCUUUAGGACAACCACGGCCUGGACCCCCUAUGUCCCAGCCUGGGGGCUUCCCUCAGUCGGUAAGGCAGUAUUUCUGAUGAAUUAUGUGGGUA